AUGAAAAAUUCCUUAAGACAAAGAUUGAAAAAAUCUCCCAGUGACUAUCUCCGCCACAAGUUUAAAACUCUCAGAGCCACAAUCAAGCUUAUGAUAAAAAUCAGCCGAUCCAACUACAUUUCCUCUCUCUGCACAAACAUCCAAACCAAUUCCAAACGUUUCUGGUCACUAUUUAAACUAAAAGGCGCAACACGUUCUGUCCCGGAAAAAAUUUCAAUAAAAACAAGUGUCAACAAUGUUCGUGAGUAUGCCGAGAAUCCUAGGGACAUCGCAACACUUUUCAACCGCUACUUUGUAUCAAUCUUCUCGAGUGAUCCUAUCAAUAUUGUUAAUCAACAAUCUAUAUCCGAAACCACUGACACUAUUUUUAAUGACAUUGUUUUGUCGGAAGGAACAGUGCGCUCAGUUUUAAGAAAUCUUGAUAAGAACAAAGCGCACGGUCCGGAUGAAAUCCCAGCAAGAUUACUUACCGAAACUGCAUACCAAAUCGCUCCAUCUCUAUGCCUUCUGUUUAACAAGUCCUUAAAAAGUGGACUAGUUCCUCGAGAAUGGAAACUUGCCAAUGUUGUACCCAUCCACAAAAAGGGGGAUAAAGAUCAUGUAGAAAACUAUCGGCCAAUUUCUCUUCUCUCACUUGUCUCCAAAGUCUUAGAGCGUUGCGUGUUCAUUAGUAUCAAAGAACAUGCUUUCAGUCAAAUAAAUUCUUGCCAACAUGGCUUCAUUUCAGGAAAAUCAUGCGUGACACAACUAAUUGAAGUUUUAGAUACCAUCGGCAGCCAAUUAGAUCUCGGAAAGCAGAUUGAUGUGAUCUACCUGGAUAUGUCAAAAGCAUUUGAUAAGGUUAGUCACGUACGUCUUCUACAUCGUCUCAGAGAAUUUGGAUUCGGAGGAAAUCUCUUAAUGUGGUUUAAUUCUUACUUGAAAAAUCGCCAACAACAAACUACUUGUUCUCGGUGCAACAUCGACAGCACCACCAGUAACAUCCGGAGUACCACAAGGUUCCAUUCUUGGCCCGCUACUUUUCCUCUUAUAUACCAAUGA